GAAGCCCGUACCGCUUAUCGCCGCAUCCUUUCCGAAUCGGCGAGGAAACUCAACGCUCAAGGCUCCCAGUUGGGCAACUGCAUCGAAAAAGCUCGCCCUUAUUACGAAGCCCGGCGUCUCGCCAAGGAGGCUCAGCAGGAGACGCAGAAGGCGGCGUUACGGUACGAACGUGCCGUCAGCAUGCACAACGCCGCUCGCGAGAUGGUUUUCGUGGCCGAACAAGGAGUGAUGGCCGACAAGAACCGUUUGGAUCCCACUUGGCAGGAGAUGCUCAAUCACGCCACUUGCAAAGUCAACGAGGCGGAGGAAGAGCGACUGCGGAGCGAACGGGAGCACCAACGCGUCACCCAACUGUGUCAACAAGCGGAAGCCAAGGUGCAAACCCUCCAGAAAUCCCUCAAACGCGUCAUCGUUAAGAGCAAACCUUAUUUCGAGUUGAAAGCCCAGUUCAACCAGAUCCUGGAGGAACACAAAGCCAAAGUGACGGCGUUGGAACGGUCGGUGACGCAAGCCAAGACGCGAUAUUCGGUGGCUUUGCGUAACCUGGAACAAAUCAGCGAACAGAUUCACGCUCGUCGGCUUCAACGUCUCAUCCUCCGUCGAUCUUCACCCGUAGGAGCCGAAACGAGUCCUCAACACUCCGGUACCGAAGUUGGGGGGACAGGAGGGACACGAUUGGGGACGGAAUGUCCUUCGACCGAUACUCUUUCGGUACUCAGUCUUCAAACCAUCGCUUCCGACUUGCAAAAGUUCGACUCGGUCGAACAUUUAUUGGGUUUGUCGGACGCUACCAGCCUCAACAACGAUGAGUUGGAGGAACGGGAGCGCC